AACAUUUGAGCCUGUAAUUUAACGGAGGCGUCAUUCCUGUAAGUAGUCUAAUGUCAUAGACAGUUGUUUAAAGAAGGAGAAAGGACAUACCUUUGUCUCUGUUGGUGGCGUUUUCUAGAGUCACAGCAGCGUGAUAUCAAUGACAAACAGUAAGCAGGAGCAACCAAACCAGACUGCAUCUCAUUGUUAAAAAACCUGAACCCCGACUGCGUCUUCUGGCUACUGGACUCACGAUGCCGCUGGGGCUGAAACCGAGCUGUGCUGUCUGUAAGACGAACUCUUCAUCGAUGUGGAAGAAAGGAAACCUGGGAGAAAUCCUCUGCAACAACUGUACAGGGAAGAGCAGCAGCGGUGGAGCAUCAGGACCCUCCAUGUCCUCCAAUACCCAGCCCAGCAAUGGCGGGGGCAAGCAGUCCAAGCAGGAGAUCCACAGGCGGUCUGCACGUCUCAGAAGCACCAAAUACAAAGCUCCUGCAUCUGAGAAGAAGGUGUCAACAAAAGGAAAGGGGAGACGACACAUUUUCAAACUCAAGAAUCCAAUCAAAGCACCAGAAUCUGUAGCAACAAUCAUCACUUCAGAAUCUCUGUUUUAUAAGGGUGUUUACUACCAGACAGGAGAUGUGAUCAAGGUAACAGAUGAAGAUGACGGUAAGCCAUACUACGCUCAGAUUCGAGGCUUCGUACAGGACCAGUACUGUGAAAAGAGCGCCGCACUGACCUGGCUCAUCCCCACCCAGGCCAGUCCAAAGGACCUGUUUGAUCCUGGGACAUAUAUUGUUGGUCCAGAGGAGGAUUUGCCCAGAAAGAUGGAGUACCUGGAGUUUGUGUGUCACGCCCCCUCUGAAUAUUUCAAGUCACGGAGCUCGCCGUUCCCCACCAUUCCCAUCAGACCAGAAAAAGGCUACAUCUGGACCCACAUAGGACCCACACCAGCUCACACAGUCAAAGAGUUUCCCAGUAGUGGAAGUUAAUAGUGUUGUGAUAUGGACUUAGUCUGUUUAAACAGACAUUUGUACAUUAAUGUAAUAUAAUGAAACCAAAAAUGGCUGUUGAGAACGGCUAUUAUUUCAGAUGGAAAUUUGUAAUUUGAUACAAAGAAAAACAAGUUUAACUACGGUUCAAAUGAGGCAAAAUGAUGCUGUUGACACAACUGUUGCAAUGGAAUAUUACUUUUGUAUUUAGUAAUAAACAAAAUAGCUCUUUUCAAUUA